AUGAGGGACUGUGAUGAGCACAGUGAUGAUCGCAGUGUUGAUCACAGUGUUGAUCGUAGUGAUGAUCACAGUGAUGAGCACAGUGAUGAUCGCAGUGUUGAUCACAGUGUUGAUCACAGUGUUGAUCACAGUGAUGAUCACAGUGAUGAGCGCAGUGAUGAGCGCAGUGAUGAGCACAGUGAUGAGCACAGUGAUGAUCGCAGUGUUGAUCACAGUGUUGAUCGUAGUGAUGAUCACAGUGAUGAGCACAGUGAUGAUCGCAGUGUUGAUCACAGUGUUGAUCGUAGUGAUGAUCACAGUGAUGAGCACAGUGAUGAUCGCAGUCACAGUGAUGAGCACAGUGAUGAUCGCAGUGUUGAUCACAGUGUUGAUCGUAGUGAUGAUCACAGUGAUGAGCACAGUGAUGAUCGCAGUUCUGAGGUUAGUGUUGAUCGUAGUGAUGAUCACAGUGAUGAGCACAGUGAUGAUCGCAGUGUUGAUCACAGUGUUGAUCACAGUGUUGAUCACAGUGAUGAUCACAGUGAUGAGCGCAGUGAUGAGCGCAGUGAUGAGCACAGUGAUGAGCACAGUGAUGAUCGCAGUGUUGAUCACAGUGUUGAUCGUAGUGAUGAUCACAGUGAUGAGCACAGUGAUGAUCGCAGUGUUGAUCACAGUGUUGAUCGUAGUGAUGAUCACAGUGAUGAGCACAGUGAUGAGCACAGUGAUGAUCGCAGUGUUGAUCACAGUGUUGAUCACAGUGAUGAUCACAGUAAUGAUCACAGUGAUGAAUGA